GUCCUGCCUUCCCCUUCCGGUCCCUCUCUCUUUAACUCCGGCAAAGGGGCCGGACGGACACGCCGCAACCAUGGCGCUCUACAACUUCAAGAAAAUCAUGGUGGUUCCGUCUGCCAAGGACUUCAUAGACCUGACGUUAUCCAAGACCCAGCGGAAGACACCCACAGUAAUUCAUAAGCAUUACCAGAUUCACCGCAUCCGUCAUUUUUACAUGAGAAAAGUAAAAUACACCCAACAAAAUUACCACGACAGGCUCACCCAGAUCAUCAUGGAUUUCCCAAAACUAGAUGACAUCCAUCCAUUUUAUGCAGAUUUGAUGAACGUUCUUUAUGACAAAGAUCAUUACAAGUUGGCUUUGGGGCAAAUUAACAUUGCAAAAAAUCUGAUUGACAACGUUGCCAAAGAUUAUGUACGGCUGAUGAAAUAUGGAGAUUCCCUUUACCGAUGCAAGCAGCUGAAGCGGGCUGCUCUGGGACGGAUGUGUACAAUCAUCAAAAGACAGAAGCAGAGCCUGGAGUACUUAGAACAAGUGCGUCAGCAUUUAUCUCGCUUGCCAACCAUCGACCCUAACACACGGACUCUCUUACUGUGUGGUUACCCGAAUGUUGGGAAAUCCAGCUUUAUAAACAAGGUGACGAGAGCAGAUGUAGAGGUGCAGCCGUAUGCCUUCACCACAAAAUCUCUGUUUGUGGGCCACAUGGAUUACAAGUAUCUGCGUUGGCAGGUGGUGGAUACCCCCGGUAUUCUGGAUCAUCCCCUGGAAGAGAGAAACACCAUUGAGAUGCAGGCAAUAACAGCGCUUGCCCAUCUUCGUUCAGCUGUCCUGUACGUCAUGGAUAUAUCAGAGCAGUGUGGGCACAGCCUGGAAGAGCAGCUCGAACUCUUCAGCAAUAUCAAGCCAUUGUUUGUCAACAAGCCUCUAAUAAUUGUAGCAAACAAAUGUGACGUGAAGAGGAUUUCUGAGCUUUCUGAGGAAAACCAGAAAAUGUUUGCUGAUUUAGAAGCAGAUGGGCUUCCUGUCAUUGAGACCAGCACCCUAACCGAAGAAGGAGUGAUUCAAGUUAAAACAGAAGCCUGUGACAGGUUGCUGGCCCAUCGUGUUGAUACCAAAAUGAAAGGAAACAAAGUACACGAUGUACUGAACAGGCUCCACUUAGCUAUCCCAUCCAAAAGGGACAACAAGGAAAGGCCACCUUUUAUCCCUGAAGGUGCCCUGCUCCGCAAAAAACGCAUGGAAGUUGAUGCGCCUAAAAAGAAACUGGAGAAAGACAUUGAAAUGGAAAUGGGAGACGAGUAUGUUUUGGAUCUUAAGAAAUACUGGGAUCUAAUGAAUCCAUCUGAAAAAUAUGAUAAGGUGCCAGAAAUCUGGGAAGGACACAACAUAGCAGAUUAUAUUGACCCAGAUAUCAUGAAGAAACUGGAGCAACUGGAGGAAGAGGAGGAGCUGAGGCAAGCAGCUGGAGAAUAUGACAGCGACUCAGAAAGUGAAGAUGAGGAAAUGAUGGGCAUCAGACAGCUGGCACAACAGAUUCGAGAGAAAAAGAAACUCAAGAUGUUGGCAUCCAAAGAGAAAGAUACACAGGGGCCCAGGAUGCCGAGAACGGCGAGAAAGGUUGAACGGAAGACAUUAGAGAAGGAGAUGACUGAUCUCGGGCUUGAUAUGACUGGUAAAAAUGAGGCACAUUAUGUAGCCCAGGCAAGAAGAUCCCGGAGUGUUACCCGUAAACGUAAACGAGAAGAAUCUGUAACACCUACAUCUGUGGCACGAAGUCGCAGUUCUUCCCGCACACCUCGCGAUGUAUCUGGCCUUCGAGACGUAAAGAUGGUGAAGAAGACUAAAACUAUGAUGAAGAAAGCUCAAACGAAAAUGAACCGGUUGGGCAGGAAAGGGGAAGCAGAUAGGCACGUCUUUGACCUUAAGCCCAAACAUCUGUUUUCUGGCAAGAGGAAAUCUGGUACAAACCAACGAAGAUAAUUGGCUCUACAAGGACAAUAUGAAAAUAGCAAUGCAAAUUAAAGGCAACAUAUAUAA